CAAUGAGUGUGCUGAUAUUCUUGACAAGAGCUACAUCGAAGAAAGACUUGUGUUUUGAGCUUCGUAAACAAUCGACGUGGUGUUGCAUGGAGGCAAGCGCUUAGGCUGUAGACACGAUGAGCUAUCAACUUUAUCGGAACACUACACUCGGCCACAGCUUACAAGAGUGCCUAGAUGAGCUCAUCCAGAGUCACCAGAUCACACCAGCCCUGGCUCUGCAAGUGUUAUUGGAGUUCGACAAAGCCAUAAGCAAGGCGUUUGGAAACGUAAAAACGAAGAGUCAUUUCAAAGGCAGCCUGAGGACGUACCGCUUCUGUGAUAACGUAUGGACGUUUGUCCUGAGCAAUGUGGCGUUUAAAGAGGGACAAGGUCCGGAGGUUAAUGUGGACAAGGUGAAAAUUGUUGCAUGCGAUGCGAAGGGUUCUUCUGAGAUUUCAUGACAGCAGUGAUGGCAAGUUUAUAGGUAUGUGAUGUCAAGGCACUGGCGUACAUGUAUGCACUGCACACCCACACCUAAGGCGGCUUCCUACUAUCCGUGAAAUGGGACAUUGCUGCUAGAAAACCUUCGACUCCUACUGUCACUACCCUGUCCUUCCUCGCUUACGCAGUGUUGGACGCUAUUCUCUCAUUUGCGACCUGGUGGGGUAUUAUAGUCUACGAUUCGCAGUGCUGCCGCUGCUUCGCUAUUUGAGUACAUCUGCUGCCUAGUAACGAGAUCAAAUGUACGUCAACACGUAUCCUGACAGCUUUAUAUUACCUACGAAUUUGUUCUAUCUGGUCAGAUUUGAUUCUGUUGCUCUUCUUAUCCGGAGCUAUCCGUAUUCUAUGGGUAUGUCACACUCCCGGUGCUGCCUAUGGGCUGCCAGUCCCAUCCUACAACUAUUUGAUAGCUCUGGUGAGAUCACCACUGUACUGUUGUUGAGUUUACUCUGUCCUCAUCUCCAGGCUACUUUUGCAUUUGUUUUAUACCUGGUGUUACAUGCACCGUGCUGAAGGAACAAGGCUAUAUAUAGCAUAGUCGUUGGCUUUUUUAUUGCUUAGUUUUGGCGUACUGUGGCGUGGCAUUAGCUAUACGUUACAUACGUUUUGCUUGUCUUGUUUUCAAAGACACACUGUGAUGCAGUGACAUUGCCUGCAGGGCAAUACUGCGGCAGACAGUACCAUUUUCCCUAUGCUCAGCGAUAAGAUUGCUAUUCCUCUUCUCUUUUUUCUAUUUUUAAAGACGUGUUGGCAUGUUUUAGUCGGUGUGGUCUCAUCUUUCCAAGUACGGCUCCUGUACAUCUAGCGGUAGUACAGCAGUGACUUGAAGUGAAGAUAACAGUCUCUUGUUGGAAGAGACCUUGUC